AUGGGGUUCAGCUCUGCCUCUGCUCUCGGUGGACUUAGUGGACAUAGAACCUAUGUCACCUCCAUGCACCAUCACAUGGGCAGCAGAGGUGGGGUCCAUGGUUUCAGCAGUCAAAGCCUUUCCAACUUGGGUGGAAGAGGAAGAAUGGCGCCUGGCGGUUACGAACUUGGAUAUUAUGGUGGCCACAACUAUGGUUGUGCAAGUCAUGGUAGCCCUGCCUUUGUUGGCUCAGUGGGUCAUUAUGGUCCAGUUGGAAGCUGUGGGAUUUUCGGUGGAUACUCAAACAGCAGGGGGGACGGCAUCCAUGGAGUUAGAAUCAACGAGAAGCUUCUGAAGCCAUUGCACGUGGGAGUUGACCCUCAAGAACAUAUUCUACGAGACCACGAAAGGGAAGAGAUGAAGAGCCUCAACAACCAGUUUGCCACCUUCAUUGAUAAGGUCCGAAACCUAGAGAUGCAGAACAAAGUCCUUGAGACCAAAUGGAAACUUUUGCAAGAACAGGUCGUUCCAGCCAAGAAAAGCCUUGAACCGUGUUACGAGAACUUCAUCAGCAACAUGAGAAAGCAACUGCAGUGUGUGUUAAAUACCCAGGAGCAUCUAAGAAAUGAAAAUGCUGCCAUUGACCAGCUGGUAGAGGACUUCAAGUGCAAAUAUGAACAGGAAUUCAAAAGACGCACAGAUGCAGAAAAUGAAUUUGUGCUGCUCAAGAAGGAUGUAGACUCCAUUUCUCUGAGCAAGUCAGAACUGGAAGGGAAAAUAAAUUUGCUCAGCGGAGAAUUGGAAUUUCGCAGUGGUAUCUAUGCAGAGGAAUUAGCACAGCUCAGUAACAAAGUUUACGACACCAACAUCCUCUUGCAAAUGGACAACAGCCGAGACUUGGACAUUGACUGCAUCAUCAAAAACGUGGAAGCAUGGUAUCAGAAUGUUGCCCAGGGGAGCAAAGAAGAAGUUAAUGCUUUUUAUGAAAACCGAUUCCAGGAGCUUCAGCAACAAAGAGGCAAAUAUUCUCAAACUCUGAAGAUCAACCAGCAAGAGAUUGCAGAUCUGACUCGUCUGGUUCAUAAAUUGCAGUCUGAAUCUGAUAUUAUUAAAAAGCAGGUUAAUGCUUUCCAAACAUCCAUUUGUGAGGUUGAGCAGCAUGGAGACUGUACUCUGAAAGAUGCCCGGGAUAAGCAUAUUGAUCUGCAAACUGCUGUGCAGAAGGCCAAGGAUGACUUAGCAAGGCUGCUAAGAGAUUACCAAGAGCUUCUGAAUACCAAGCUCGCUCUUGACAUUGAAAUUGCUACUUAUAAGACACUGCUGGAGGGAGAGGAGAGCAGGAUACAUUUAGGAAAUCCUGUCUGUAUAGAUGUGAUCAGAGCUGGAACAGAGAAUGCAGCUGGAUUCCCAUUUUCAAGUGGAUAUGUGGGUGGAGGAUAUGAUAUGGGAUUUGGUAAAGGGUAUGGAAUGGGAAGUCAGGGGAGAAGCAAUAGGAACUACAGCUCCAGAAGUACUGGAUUUGAUCAAAGUAAUGGAAGGAGCAAUAUAGCUACUGGGAAUGUAUCAGCAGAUGCAGAGUUCCACCAAGGAAGAGGGCAUAGCUAUAGGAAUGAGUCCUGCUCUGGUAAUCCCUCUGCAGGCAUGCGCCGAGCCUCAACAGAAGAGGCUGGCAGAGGUGCUGGCCAUGGCCCAGGUGCAGGUUUCAGCACACGGACUGCCUAUGGAUCAGUCUGCGGUGGAGGAAGGGGAUAUGGGUCUACGACUGGUUAUGAAUCCUCAGGGUUUGCUCCACUUGGGGAUGCAAGGUGGUGCUCCAGGGGAGGAGUCCCAAUGGGGGGUGCAGCUGAAGGGAACCCAGCCUCUGUAGGAGUAGGUGCAGCUGCAGGUGGUGUGUGUUACUCUAGACCAGCAGGAGGUCCUGCAGCAGUGUGUUACUCUGGAUCUCUAGGAACAUCUGCAGGGGUGUGUUAUGCUGGGCCAGUAGGAAGCUCUGGAGAACUGUUCUACCCUACACCUGUAAGACUUUUUUAAAGAGAUAGGAACAGUCUUAUUUUUAACAUUCAGUAAUCAAUCUACUAUAAAGUUGGUCAUAGACCCUGACAGCACAAUAGAAAUUCAGAAAAACUUCUCCUAAACCCUUUGGAACAAUGUUCAUGAUUAGUAACCCAUUCUGUAUUUGUAUUUUGGUGACUCUAUUACUUUAAGCAAGAUAUUUGCCCCAGAAUCAUAUACUUUGAUUCUAUCAAGUCAACCAUUUUUCCAUGUAUUUUUUGGCACUGGCUUUUUUCUUAAACAUAUUCUUACUAACAUUUUAUACUAAUGUUUUAUUCACAAAUUUGUAUUAACUGGAAAACAAAUGCAUUGUUUUAGGAGAGGGGCUGCACUAUUUUUAAAAACAGCUAUUUAAACUAAUUGACUUUUUACCCAAAAUUUAUUUUAUAGUUAUUGCUAUUGUUAAUGCAAGCAUACAUUUGACACUCCAAAGUAUUUAUUCCCUUCUGAUCUUUAGAUUAGAUUGCUUUUCCUUUUGGAUUUCUUAUGGUGAUUGUGUGAGUCUGUUUAAUAAGCGGUGUGCUAGCGUAAAUAGAAAGCAAAAUACUACAAGGAGAACUCAAUUCCAGAAAUCAGGAUUAACUAUAUUUCUUACAGAUUAGUACUACAAAAUAGUACAAUGUGCAUACUACACAAUUAUUGUCAAAGAAGCGCUGCCAAGGUGAAGAACAGAUACAGACAUGUCAGCGAUCAGUAGAUAUAAUGAUGAAGGACAGAAAGAAAAGUAUUAAGACUAAGAAGAAAAUGACCCCCUUAUGACUCUCAAAGACACUAUACUAAUAUUCUUCUCCCUUCGUAUAUACAAUAAAGACUUAUACAUGCCUGGUCAUGUAGAAUAAAGUCUUCUACAUGUCUGACCAUAAAGAGAAUGUUACACCUUGUCACUUCAUGGAUAUUCUUUAAAAACAUUUGAAAAUCACAACUAGUGGUUUUCCUAAGUACAUCCCAUCUUUUUGGGCAGAAUAACAACUACAUAGUUGUCGAAGCUCCCUAGCAUUCCAUCCAAAUGGUAGUUUUUGUCUCAGAAAUCUGAUCUAGGUGGAUAAACUCUUUUGAGUACAGCCAGUGGUGGGAUUCAAUUUUUUUUACUACCAGUUCUGGGGGCGUGGCUUGGUGGAUGUGACAUGGCUUGG